AUUUUAAAGCGGCUUGGCGGACACCAUGGUCCGCCUCGAACUGGUGGAGAAAAAGGCGCACGCGGCGAUGGCGACCUGCGCGACGUGGGCGCCGACGAACGUCCUCUACAGCUGCAGCGACGACCAGACGAUCCUCAAGUGGGACCAGCAGGCCGAGGUGACGGGCAAGUGCUGCGAGCUCGACGCCUACGUCACGUCCAUCGCGUGGAUGCCGAGCGUGGGGCGCGGCGUCUCCGACGUCUUCGCCGUCUCGGCGUGCGACGGGAGCUUCCGGCUCGUGACGGGGUCGGGGCGCGAGGAAAAGCGGGUGGCGGCGCACCACGGCGCCUGCCUGCGCGUGCUCUGGAACGCCGAGGGCUCCGCGCUCUACUCGGCGGGCGAGGACGGCGAAGUCAAGUGCUGGUCGAAGACGGGCCACCUCCGGUCGACGCUCGUCAAGGCCGCGCACCCGGUCUACGCGGUGGCCGACGGCCCCGGCGGCGACGCGCUGGCGUACGUCUGCGACCGCCGGAUCCACGUCGCGCCGGUCGGCGACGCGAAGGCGCGCCAGGCGACGAGCUGGGUCGCGCACGACCAGGUCGCGCUGGCGCUCGACUGGAACGCGGCGAACGGGCUGCUCGUCUCGGGCGGCGAGGACUGUCGCUACAAGGUCUGGGACUCGUUCGGGCGCCAGCUCUACCAGUCGCAGCCGCACGUCCACGUCGUCACGGCCGUGCGCUGGUCGCCGAACGGCCUCUACUUCGCCGUGGGCGCCUACGACCUGCUCAAGCUCUGCGACCGCACGGGCUGGAGCUGCUCGCGCGAAAGCCCGCGGUCGGGCUCGAUCAUGGACAUCUGCUGGACCGCCGACGGCACGCAGCUCGUCGGCGCGGGCGGCGCCGGCGCGCUCGUCUUCGCGCACGUCGUCGAGCGGAAGCACGAGUGGAAGAACUACGAGGCGACGCUAACGGGGCAGCGCUCGAUCCACGUCCGAGACGUGCUCACCGAGAUCGACGAGACGCUCGACUUCAACCGCGACCGCGUCGUCGAGAUGGCGCUGGGCUACGGCUACCUCGUCGUGUCGACGACGACGCAGAUCUACGUCUACAACGUCGCGAACUUCAACACGCCCUACAUCUUCGACUCGCCGGAGACCGUGAGCUUCAUCCAGCUGGCGGAGAAGUUCUUCCUGGUGCUGACGCCCGCGGCCGUCGCGGUCUACACGUACGACGGCCGCAAGGUCUCGACCCCGCGCUUCGCCGGCCUCCGGGCGGACCGGCUCUCGGCGCCGGUGCUGAGCCUGAGCCCGGACCUCGUGGCCGUCGUCGACUCGACGGACCGCCGGACCGUGCGGCUCUGCGACGUCAUGACCGGCAAGCCGCGCGAGCCCGCGGUCAAGCACACGGCCGACGUCGCCGCCGUCCAGCUGAACCAGACGCCGGCGCGGCAGACGCACGAGCGGCAGCUGCUCCUCGUCGACCGGAACGACGAGCUCUGGCUCUACCUCUGCGGCACCGCCGAGGGCCACAAGCUGCACACGCAGGUCGACAGCGCGUGCUGGAACGAGACGAGCGAGGCCCUCUGCGCCAUCGCCGACGGCCGCCUGCUCGUCUGGGGCUACCCGCGCGUCGCCUUCACGGACCGCGACCUCCUGCCGGGGACGCUGACGACCAAGGACGGCGCCGAGUUCGGCCAGCUCGCGCAGGUCGCGUCGUUCCGCGGCACGAAAAUCGUCGUGCGGCGCGCGGACGGCGCGCAGGUCACGGCCACGGUCGCGCCCUACUCGGACAUGCUCCACGAGUACGGGUCGCAGCACCGCUGGGACGAGGCCGUCGGCGUCUGCCGCUUCGUCGAGGACCGCGGCUGCUGGUGCGCGCUCGCGUCGAUGGCGCUCGAGGCGUCGAACCUCGACGUGGCCGAGAUCUCGCUCGCCGCGCUGCGCGAGGUCGACAAGCUCCAGUACAUUUUGUACGUCAAGUCGAUCCCGUCGGCCGAGGCGCGGAACGCGGAGCUCGCGCUCUACAAGCGGCGCCCCGACGACGCCGAGCGAAUCCUGCUGCAGGCGACGCCGCCGCUGGUCUAUCGCGCGAUCAAGAUGCGCAUUCGCGCCUUCCAGUGGGACAAGGCGCUGGACCUCGCCGUCAAGCACCGGUCGCACGUCGACACGGUCCUGGCGUACCGGUCCAAGUACCUCGAGACGUACAAGAAGACGGAGACCGACGACCGCUUCAAGCAGCUCAACGGCUCCGUCGAGUGGAGCUGGGAGCAGGUCAAGUCCAAGAAGGACCUCGAGAAGCGCGAGGAGGCGGCGCGGUCCGGCGGGCCCCCGCCGGACAAGCUCAAGCUGCCCAGAUUCGUCCCGGCGGAAGGGGGCGAGUCCAAGGACGACCACAAGUAGGCCCAGUGGGGGGCUAAGUUUCCGGGCGCGUC